GACAAGAUGGAGUUUGGAUUCGUGAUAUUUUUGCUUAGCUCUGCUCUUUUCGGGCACAGCUCUGGAUUCACAACACCUGAUGCCACACCGUACUGGGACAUAACAGCAGGUCAUUAUUCCUGCCGGUAUAACUGCGGCUACAAUUUGGGUUGGUGUUCCUGCUCCAGCUCCUGUCAGUACUACGGAAACUGCUGUCACGAUUAUUACAAUUAUUGUUUCACCCCCACAACAACACCAACAACAACACCAGAACCCACGACGGCCGAAAGCUUUCUGACAGAAGAUUAUAUUAGCUGCAGGGAUCGUUGUGGUUUUAAUGGUGCGCUCUGUUCCUGCACCAGCUCCUGUCAGUCCUAUGGAAACUGCUGCAAUGAUUAUUACGAUUAUUGUUUUCCCACAACAACAGGUACAGGUCCUCUGUAA